CGCGUACCACAACUCUUACUCUGUGUGUGCGUGUUUGUGUGUGUGUGUGUGCGCGUUUGUGUGUGUGGUUGUGUGUUUGGGUGUGUGUCAAACGCUACACCUAAUUAGUAGUAGCAAAUCGCAAAAAUUCCUCCGGUGUGUUCCGGCCCGUUGUACUACACUUGUAGUACACGUUUAUUUCCCGUUCCGUUGGUGAACUUUUUCGAAUCCCCCCAAACCCCCCGCAGCGCACUCGCGUGCUCCCGAACUCGCGGAUCUGUGUCGGCGGUGUCUCGGAUGUGGUGUGCUCUGUACCAAGUACCAAGAACAACGGCCAGUGUGAAAGAAGGGAAAGUACUUACCAGUACGCACACUCGCGUGUGUGUGAUAUGUUUCUUGGAAGGAAGAAGGAAAAAUAAACGGUAAAACGAUAAACGUGGCGACCAACGCAGAGCACCACCGCAGUCUUGCAGACGUCGGAACGGGUUCACGUUUUCCAAAAAAAAUAAUCGAAUGUUCCCGGAUAAUAGGACACACUCGCCUGACGACGACACCAGCAAUAGUAGCAGCAGCAGCAACGACGCCGUCGGUGACCACCACCACCAUCACCAGCAUCAUCACCAUCAUCACCAUCAUCAUCUAAUUGCGCACGAGUCCGUCGACGAGGCGGAUCUGAUCGAGGAGGAUACCGGACCGGGCAGCAACGGUGGCGCAGGUGGCAUAACAAUCGUCGGAGGUCACGUUACCGUGGAAACGUCGUCGCCCCUCGGCAGUCCGGUGGCGCGCGACAGCGAGGAGCUGCUGAUCGACGGCGAGGGCGACGAAUCCUCCACCCAGUCGUGCGGUUCGUCCUUCCGGGACGGUGGCAGCAGCCCGCGGCGGGAGCUAGGAGAAGGAUACGUCAGCAACAGUAGUAACGGUGGCAGCGGCAACCGUGGCACACCGCACGGCUCCAGCAUGGUGCUGUCGACGAUACCGCUGGAAGUCGCCAACAACAACCACCAGCAGCAACAGCAGCUGAUACUGCAGCCAAAUAGCGCCACCAACAUCCUACAGCACCACCAUCAGCAACUGCAUGGUACCAAUCUCUCGUUGAACAACAAUAAUACGAGCUUCAAGAAUCACAACAGCAGCAGCGUCGCGACGAUCGGAACCGGUGGCAGUGUAAAGAACGUUCUUAUCAGCAGCAGCAACAGCAACAACAGCAACAGUACCAGUGGUAACCAUCACCACCAGCUGCUGCAUCAACAACAUCAUCAUCCGCAACAGCAGCAACAUCACACGUACACCUUCCACAUCGCGAACCACACGGCGGCGGUGGUCAGUAGUAACGGUGCGGGCACAACCACCAACGGUGGUGGCAGCAGCAACCACUACCACCAGACGGUUGCCCCGGCAACGGCCAACAACAGUGGCGCACCAUCAGCAGCAGCAGCAGCAGCAGUAGUCAGCAGCAGCGCCUCCACCGGGUCGUCGUCCGUAACGGACAGUAACGGCAUGGCCACGGGAGCACUCGCGCUCGUAGUGUCCAGCCCUUUGCCCAGCGGUAACGCCUCAACAACCACCACCACCACCACCAACGUCGUAAUGGCGAUGAACAACACAACAGUGCCAUCUUCCUCACAGUCGUCGCUGGCGACGGGCGCAGCGCCACCUAGCGGCAUGGUGGUGGUGACGGAACGUAACGGCACGCCCACCGCCACCACCAGCCCCACCACCACCGCCAGUACCGCUCUUCCGCCGUCCGGCUCCAAGCUGGUCCUGGUGCACCACCAGGGACGCGUCGUUGGCGAGGAUUAUAUAACUACGGCAGGAGAAGCGAUCAACGGCGUCGGCAACAUUGUGCUGCUGGCGACGGAACAGAUGGACCUGGCCGAGCAUGACAUUAUCAACAAUAAUGUCAUCAUAAGCACCAGCAAUGCAUCCGCCUCGUCCACCUCGUCCUCCCCUUCCGCCACCACGGCGGUGGCGGCGGUCGGUGGUAGUGGUUCCGGAUCGUCGGUGCCGGUGGCAACGGCGAAUGGCGACGAGGAGCUCACCUCGCUGACCUGGCUGCAGGAUAAGAAUCUGCUCAAAGGUAUCAACCUAUCCAAAGUGCCCGUUUCGUCACCGGAUAGCCCACGGCAGGCGGGUAGUGGCCCGGCCAACCGAGUGACCGUUGGUGGUCACGCCUCCCCCACCAGUGACUUCGUGGAAGACUCAUCCAGCAUCUCCGCGGAGGAGAACGGUUCGUCGGCGAACAACUCCUCGUCGGAGCAGAGCACCAACGGUGGUUCUACGUACUCCACUGAAGUGGCGACCUUGCGGACCGGUACCCCUUCCCAGCAACACCACAUAUUCCAGCUCGGUGCUAGUACCGGCACCGGGACGCCCAAGACGAUCACCGCCUUCAACGGUGAUACCAUCAUUGAGUACCCGGUGAUAGCGGUCAACCACCAUCAUCAUCUCGGCAGCAACGGCAUCCAGCAGCAGGUCGUCAUCGACGGUAGCAAGGCGAUGAAAAUGACGGUCAUGACCGCGGCGCCUGUCACCCCGACAUCGAUCGUGGUAACCGGGAGCGGUAGUGUCGCCUCACCACUGGCCACCUCGAACGCGGGUGGCCCAGUAGCGUAUGUUGUGUCCUCACCGGCGAGCACCUCGUCGGCGUCCGGCUGUGGCCAACCUAUGGCAGCCUCCACGCCGGUCGCCAAUGGUAAUAACACCGUCAGCAACGGCAACAGCACCAACAACACUGGCACCAGUCACAACACCAGUACAACGCCCCACCAGCACUUCCACAAGAAGUAUCUGCGCGAACAGCAGCAGCAGCAACAGCAACAGCAGCAGCAACAGCAGCACCAACCAAAGCAAGCAAUCAUCACGGGCUCGACGUUGACGGCGACGACGAUGGUUGGCAAUGGCAACGGUACCAGCUACUUUGUCACCCCAAUCAAGCAAGAGAUGAAAAGUGCUAUCAAGUAUGAAGAUGGAGCAGAGAGCGUAGGGACAGGGACAAGUGCCAACAUCUUCCUGACCCCAAUGAAACAGGAAGUGAAAAGUGAGCUGAAGUACGAGGAUGGUAGUGAUACAAUCGAUGACCGGAAGUAUCUGCCACCGGCGGCUCCGGUAAAGAUCGAGCGAGGCAGUAGCAUGAGCUCACCAAACGUUAGCGGUGAGGAGUACGGUGGCGGCGGUGGCGGUGGUGGUUCCAUCACCACCGUCUACAGUGGUCUCAACAUGAUCAAGCACUCACCGGCGUCUUCCCCGACGCACAACGGUUCGUUGGCGAUGAACGGCCAGCAGAAUCAUUCGAUCCAGCAGCAGCACCAUCAGCCGCAUCCGCCGUCUUCUCCGCACGGUGGCGGUGCGUCCGCUACCGUCAGCCCGUCGAAGCUGGCACCACCGAAGGCAAAGCAUCCGACCAACGUGCCAUAUGAUCCACACGUGCACGUGAACAAUAAGCCUCCGUUUAGCUUCAGUUCUCUCAUCUUCAUGGCCAUCGAAAACUCGCAGCAAAAGGCACUGCCGGUAAAGGAGAUCUACGCGUGGAUAGUGCACCAGUUUCCAUACUUCAAGACAGCACCGACCGGUUGGAAGAACAGCGUGCGCCACAAUCUGUCCCUCAACAAGUGUUUCCAGAAGGUGGAAAAGGCGGCGAAUCUCGGUAAAGGCUCGCUGUGGAUGGUGGAACCGCAAUACAGGCCGAACCUUAUUCAGGCCUUGUCACGCUCGCCAUUUCACGCCGGUUCCGGUAUCGAUAAGGCCACGUACAAGAGCAUGCAGCAGCAGCGCUCUACUAAUGCGAGCCCCACGGGCAACGGAUCGCACUAUUCCAAGCAGGACAACUUUCCACAACUCGCCAGCCGACUGGCACCGGCGGACGCACAAAAUGGUCUUUUGCAUCACGACGAUCUGGACGAUGUGAGUCGCUCCUCGACGCCGAUUGACUACGAUGGCGGCGGUAGUCGCGAUUCGCCGGCGGUGAUCGGUGGCUCUACCGGCCAUCCACAGCACCAUCAGCCGCAGCAGCAACAUCACAGCAACCAUUACCAGCAGCAGCACCAGCCGGCACCGCCCGCGCACCUAACCGCCGGUGGUCACCAGCAACCUUCGCUCAUCACCUUCCAUCACAGUCGGCUCGGUUCGCCCGAGCUGCAGCAGCAGCAGCAGCAGAACGGCAACAACGCUUACCUCGCAACGGAAGGUGCUGGUCCGGCCACGCUCUCACUCGUACAGUGCCCGAGCGGACUCGUGUACAUGAACGGCAUCGGCACCGUGACCAACCUGUCGAAGGAAAUGGUUGGUGGGCGCGAGUGGACGGCCGAGACGAUCGAAGACGUUAAUGCGGCCACGGCGAUGCUGGCACUGAAGCAUGGGCCAAAAAUUUUCACUGAAACAACGUUCCGCAAUGGGCAUCCUCCCAUCAUCACGACCUCGCCGAGCGAAGACCAUACGUACUCGGCCGGUGGUGGAGCUGCUGGCGUUGGCUCAGAUCAACCAUUGGCCACUAUUUCUGCCAAUGGGUCGCCGAUGGUGAGCAGCUGUUGCUCAUCAUCCGACGAGCGGUACGAACACAGUCGGACCAGCCAUCUGCACCAUCACGCACCCAACAGCACCACCCAUCCGGUGCAUCAUCUUCCGGCCCACCAUCAGCUGCCGCUGCACGCGAACCACCAGCACAUGGACACCAUCAGCAACGGCACGUCGUCCGAUGCAGCCUACGAGAGUAGUGAAGAGAGCCAUCCACAUCACGCAUCGUCCGCCGAAGACAUGGAAGAGCGCCGCCGACAGGAGGGUGUGUACGCAUUGCUCAACCUCUCCCAAAUGGCCUACUCCUCGUCGCCGUCCUCAUCGAUGUCGUCCUCGACGUCCACGCUGUCCUCGCCCGCCUCGUCGACCGGUUCGCUGAAACGUGCUGCCCCAACCGAUUCGUACGCGCCCACUAGUAGUAGCUACCGGGUACAGACAGCUUCACCCGACCGAACUGGACGAACCACCUCACCUCAGCUCCUGCCGCACCACCAUCAUCAUCUCCACCAUCACCAUCACCUCAGUCAUAUGCAGCCACAGCAGCAGCACCACCACCACCACCAUUCACAGCCGGCCAACGGGGGUGACGUCGGGACGAACGGUGGCACCACCACAGGCAACAUGCUGCAAACGAUGGGCAUUGCCUCAUACUACGGUAGUAGUGGCGCCAGCAGCAACAGCAGCGAUCUCAACCGACACUAUGCGUCCCCUCCGCCGUCGAAGAAAACCAAACCACGCUCGUCGCUGAAAAAGCUGAGGAAAAAGUCCUUCGGACGGUAAUGCAAUGUUAGAACGAACCCGAAACGACAGCACCACCAUGUGCUCUAGUGCAAAGGCUGGGCAAUACUGGCACACAUCUUAACCGUCCGUAAGAGGAGGGGGGCUGUAUUCGGAUGCGGUUUUCGGCUGUGCCACCACCGGGAGCAAUUUAUCCUUUUAAAACAUCAUCUAAUCCUCACGAAGAAUCACGACUGCUAUUGCGCAUAUUUGAUACAUACUUUUCGGUGUUUCCGUCGCAAACGCUGCACGCUUUACGUUCGAAACUAAAACCUCUUUCUAAUGGAACACGCGUCUACCACUACAAAUUAGCCGUACACUGUUUUUUGAACGUGACAAGAAGGGCUGAGAAACGAAGUUAGGAACUCGCCGAUGGCCGAAACGUCAAAUCGAGUCUAAAAACUAUUGCCUUAUGAUGAAGUCAGUCACAGCAGAAGAAGAAGAAAAGGGGAGCAGAAGUAAAUAGCAAUCAACAAGAGGUACAUGUUACGAAUACUUUACAUAGGCAGAAUGAAUGCAGCAGCAUGAUAGUACGGAGAAAGCAGGAGCACCUCAUUUUAUUCUAUUUCAAAGGGUCUGAUAGUCCUCCCCAGAUUUUUAAAAAUACCGUCUACUAUAGGAGGGCGGUUCCGGAGAAGGUAAUCCGUGUCAAGCAUGUUUGAAAAUAAUGGCUUCAUUACUCCCUUUCGUUGAUGCUGGUAUUCCACUGUAGCUUUCUUGUCAAUUUUUGAUGCGAUACUUUUUAUUUUUUAUUUGACAUGUUUUAUAGCCACAUUACAACAGUGUGAAACGGUCGGAAUACGAUUGCUAUUAUGUUUUAUUUGAGGAAAUUUUUUAUGCUCUGAACAAAAACCAUUGUUGAAAUUGUUUUACUUUUCGAUGAUUAUUGAGUGACGAUACAAUAGUUUUUAAAUGUCGCUUUCGUACCGAGAGGAUGACUGUUUUUUUUGAACGAACAAACAAACAAACAAGCAAAACAAAAGCCCAAUAUAUGGAUUUAUUAGAGGCCAGGACUGGUUAAUCGUUUUCUAUAGUUUUUCCUGCUACGAUUUAAAGAAUAGUCAAACGCUAUUUUUAUUGCAAGCAAAGCUUGUACAGCUGUCGAUAUACAUAUAUGGGGUAGUUUACAAUCAUCCUGCCUUUGGGCGGACAUUUGCACACACACACAAACAAAUCGUCUGCGCUGUGGAAAUGUUUCGGAACGAGCGGAAUAUGCUCGUUGCAAACCAGCGUUCCUUUUCCUAGGUUGCUAAAGAAUUUCCAGUUUAUACAAUCAACUACCUACGUAAUUGGGUUAUUAAUAGUUAAUGCGUUUUCUUUUCUUCUAAAUACAUAAAAGAGCACAAUGUGUUUCACUUCCCUCCCCAGCGCCGGGAACUUGUUAGUUUUCAUCAGUUUCGCUAAGAGCGGCACUAGGCUGUAGUUGUGUACGAGAAAAACAAAAGUUUCCUUCCUACAUACAUUAUUACGCGUACUUCUUAACGUUAAACAUCAAACAUACAAAACAUGCGCUGCAAACCAAUCAUUAUAAAAGUAGUAGUAAUACACUAUUGCCUGUAAGGGAUAGGGUUAGAAGGAUAUUAGGAUAAUACAAAGAAAGAGAGGAUUCAGGUGGAACGCGAAAAAGUAACACAAAUCGUAGUCAAAAUGUCGCCAAAAUUGCAUUUUUUUGUUUUUAUACGCGCCUUGUUUCGUUUUAGUUUACUCGUUUUUUUUAUCACCUAUUUGUAUCGUUAAGAAAUAGAUUGUAGCCAAUGGACGAGGGAGGGAGACGAAUGUUUUGUGCUAAGUAUGUAAAGUAUAUUUAAAAAAGUAAUGAUUUGAAAAGAAGAAAACAGAAAAAAUCAUACAAACACAACAGAAAUCCUUCAUAUAAGAGUAGUGAAAAAAUGCAUGACAGUGCAUAAGUGUGAAGGGCAGACGAAAACAGUGACUGCAAGGUGAGGAGAAAUAUGAGAAAUAAUACAAAUUCUGUUAGGUAAUUAUCGCUACGAGAAAGGGAACAGGGAUAGUCUGUACCUAUCAAAACGCAAUCGGAUGUACCGGAACACACUGAACUUAUCUACUCGCGCCUUCUAUAUAGUUAUCCAUGUAAUUCUUAGUGCUGUCCUAGUAACGUUUAAGGGUUGGCAGGCUAGCGAGCAAACGGUGGGUGCUUGGGGAAAGUAGGAAGAAAGGAUCCUCGAAAAAAAGCAUACACACACAAACCAAGAGGACGAGAAAACGAUCUUUGAUCCUUUAAACUGCGUGUGUUGUACGUGGAAGGAAGGUGCCUCGAGUCUGUUGAUAAGUUACAUUUCGAUUCUUUCCUGUGCUGGUUAGAAGAAUAAGAACCAAUUUCUAUCAAUUCAGUUCGCCAAAAAUGAAACCACUGCAAGGUGAGAACGUUCAAAAGAACUCCCUUGAAAAACAAAUCGGUACGCGGUACGUUAAACAGUUACGUUAAGGCCAUUUCCUGCGUGGUGGGAUCGUCAAUCAAAAGAGUUAAGUGCAGCACGUAGAUCGCUAAUGCGUUCGAUGCCAUGGGAUGCUCGUGAAUUUUAGCUGUGUGGUGUCCGUGGUGGCGGUGGGCGGACUCGUUAAGUUCGUUGUUGUUUCAUACUACAUUAUCUCUAGGGUACUAGGUUUGUUCACCAUGUUGGCACGACGAGAUUGAGCGAAUCAAAGAAGAGGAUAGUGGAGGAAAGGAAGGGAUGGAAACACACUGGUAGUCACUCGAGUAAGCAUCGGGCGGGUUCGCCGAGGGGGUGUUAUCAAAUUGUUACGGAUUUCAAAACGGGGAGUGUAUGUUUGAAUGGAACGCAAGCACACAGACACACCCACAUUUCGCAGUAGGCUAGGUUUUUGCUCUAGUUAUCGACUACGUUAGCGCCUUCUAUUUCCAUGUUUAAGUUUGAUAGUUGUUCUUCUAUGCUAGCGAUAGUAUGUAUUUUUCCUAUGCCAAUCAUUAACAAGUAAAGAAGUCAUCUAAUGAGAAAACAAGCAAUCAGCUCCGAGACUCGCUCCAAACGGUUAAUAGCAAAGGAAAAGAAAUGGAACCUUGUGGAAACAAAAAAAAAAGGAA